AACAUGAGCUGGAGUUUCCUCACCCGUCUCCUGGAGGAGAUCCACAACCACUCCACGUUUGUGGGGAAAGUGUGGCUGACGGUCCUCAUCGUGUUCCGCAUCGUACUGACGGCGGUUGGUGGAGAGUCCAUCUACUCUGAUGAACAGUCCAAGUUCACCUGCAACACCAAGCAGCCAGGAUGCGAUAACGUCUGCUAUGACUCGUUCGCCCCACUCUCGCACGUCCGCUUCUGGGUUUUCCAGAUCAUCAUGAUCUCCACGCCGUCUGUCAUGUACCUCGGAUAUGCCAUCCACAAAAUCGCCCGCACGUCCGAGGAUGAUGAGGAGAAGAUGAAGCAGCAAAGGAGGAGCCUCAGGAGCAGAUGGAGAGAUGUGGAUCGGAUGGAUGUAGAAGCUGGUGAUGAUGACUGUGAUGACAUGGAACCAAUGAUGUACAGCGAUGCACUGGAGCUACAGGAAGCCAAAAUGGAGAUGGAGAAGAACUUGAAAAGAGAUCCCCCAAAGCACGAUGGCCGGCGCAGAAUCAUGCAAGAAGGUCUGAUGAGGAUUUAUGUCCUCCAGCUCAUAUCUCGUGCAAUUUUCGAGGUCUUCUUCCUGGUGGGUCAGUACCUGCUGUAUGGAUUCCACGUCAAUCCCUCGUACGUGUGCAAUGAAAUUCCCUGCCCUCAUCAAGUCGAUUGUUUUGUGUCUCGUCCCACCGAGAAAACCAUCUUCCUGCUCAUCAUGUAUGUGGUGAGCUGCCUCUGUUUGCUGCUCAAUGUUUGCGAGAUGUUCCACCUUGGCAUCGGUGCAUUCCGAGACACACUCAGAAGACGCCGGAUCCGCAACCGGAGUCUUCGCUCCUGCACUUUUCCAUAUUCUCAGAAUAUUCCGGCCUCUCCUCCAGGAUACAACUUUGUGGUUAAAUCAGAGAAAGCAGGCCACCAGAACCAAAACGGUGUCCUCUCUCAUCCACAGAAUCAGAACAGCAUCCUUUCUCAUCAACCGAACAACAAAGGUGUCAUCUCACACAACCAGCACCAGGAUCAGAACUGUGCCAGUCUGGAUGAAAACGUCCCACCGGACCUGGCAAGUUUACACCAUCAUCUGCGUGUAGCACAGGAGCAGCUGGACAUGGCGUUUAGGACCUACAGCACCAAAAGCACUCCCAUUUCCAGAGCUAGCAGCCCAGCAUUGGAGCAGAAUCGGGUCAACUUGGAACAGGAGAGACAGGGAGCUAGGCCCAGAGCUGACCUGGGGAAAACUGGGACUAUAGUGAGGAAUGGGAAAACUUCUGUGUGGAUUUAA